AUGGAUAUGUCUCGGGUUCAGGUCCUGGACUCAGAGGGCCUCUUCACCCCCACUGUGCCUCUCUCUCCUCUCUACGCAGUUAGCAGCAGCAUGAACGCCACUGCUGCUGCUGCUGCUGCUGCUGCUGCUGGGCCCUUAGGGGCGCAGCAGCAGCAAGGGGGCCCCCCCGCCUGCUUCGUGCUGCCGGAGCGCUGGGGCCUCAUGAGGGGCCCCCUAACCCGUCGGGUUUCUAACAGAGAUGCAGCAGAGAAGCAGCAGCAGCAGCGGUCGCAGCAGCAGCAGCAGCAGCGGCAGCAACAGCAGCUGCAGCAGCUGCACCAGCAGUUCGCAAUGCUGGCGACUAAAAGAACCGAAAUAAACAUCCAGAGGAAGCAGCAGCAAAACGUGCUUCGGCCCAAAAUGCCUGCACAAGACAGGCAGCAGCAGCAGCAGCAGCAGCAGCAGCAGCAGGUUCUCCUGCAGCACAAGGCGCGCAUCCAGCAGCACAUGCAGCAGCAGCAACAACAGCAGCAGCAGCAGCAACAGCACAUACGCGCCAUGAACGCCAAACAACUGAAGGAGCAGUUUCUUCAUCAGCAGCAGCAGCUUCUCAAGAAGCAGCAGCAGCAGCAGCAACAGCAGUUGAAACAACGACAGCAGCAGGCGCAAUUGGCCCUGCUGUCGCAACGGCAGCAAGAACAGCAGCAGCAGCAGCAGCAGCAGCGGCUGCAGUACGCGCACCUGCAAGUGAGCAAUGCACAGCAGCAGCGAGCGCAGCAAUGGCAUAUUCAGCAGCAGCAGCCGCAGCAGCAGCAGCAGCAACAAAUGAAGCAGCAGCAGCAGCAGCAGCGUGAGUUGCCGCUGCAGCAAGAUGAGCCCAAAGACUGCCAGGGCCCUCUGGCGGCUGCUGCUGAGGGAGAGAGCGCAGCUGCGGCGCUGCAGUCUUCGACGAGGACUGUUCAGCAGCAGCAGCAGCAGCAGCAGCAACAGCAGCAAGAGCAGCAGCAGCAGCAGCAGAAGCAAAAGCAGCAGGAGGGGCCGCAGCCCAGGGCUUCACUGGCCGAGGGGCUAGUCAAGCGGGUGCAGCAGCAGCAGCAGCAGCCGCAGCAGCAGCGGGAAAGGGGCGCGAAGCAACUGGCGUCGUCUCCGAGCGCGCGGCCGCGCAGCAAGUGCAGCAGCAGCAGCAGCAGCAGCAGCAGCAGCAAGCGAGGGGAGGGGGAGGGUGGUCGCGGGAGCGGGGUCGCGAGCCCGAGCAGGCUGCAGGCAGCGCCAGUCACAGCAGCAGCAGCAGCAGCAGCAGCAGCAGCAGCAGCAGCAGCAGCAGCAGCAGCAGCAGCAGCAGCAGAAGCAGCAGCAGCAGCAGCAGCAGCAGCAGCAGCAGCAGCAGCAGCAGCAGCAGCAGCAGCAGCAGCAGCAGGGGGGCGGCGGCGGCUGUUUCUGGUGACCAACGCCAGCAGGGAGUGGGUCUGCAGGUCUGCGGGCAAGUUCAUGCCGCUGCUGUGGCAGCAGCUGCAGCAGCAGCUGCAGCAGCAGCAAAUAACUUUAGUUUCUGCCCGCGACCGGCUGCAGCAGCAGGGGCUGCCGCAGCGCCUCUGGAAGCUGCAGGUCUUCAGGGACAUUGUUGCGGAGACCCUGGGGGCCCCCGGGGGCCCCGGGGGGCCCCCCGGGGGCCCCCGGGGGGCCCCCUGCUGCCUCCUUUCCAUAGGAGAUGGAGACGGAGAGAGAGAUGCUUGUCUGGACCUCUGCAGCAGCUUUUCGAAAAACUUCGGCUUCUGCAAGUCCCUCAAGCUGCUGCCGCAGCCUUCUUGCGCCCAACUUGCUUCGCAGCAUUUGCUGCUGCAGCAGGCCUUUGCUGACAUUCUGCUGGUCUCUCAGAGCCUCGACAUGACCAUGCUGGACUACCACGCCGAAGCAGACUGCAGCAGCAGCAGCAGCAGCAGCAGCAGCAGCAGCAGCAGCAGCAGCAGCGGCGGCGGCGCCGGCGGCGGCCAGCAGCAGCAGCAGAAGCUGCCCGUGCUCGCCCAGGCGAUGCCACUCGGCCAAAAGCAACACGCGCUCCCGGACGCGCAGGCGCUGCAGCAGCAGCAGCAGCAACAGCACUUGCUGCAGCAGCAGCAGCAGCAGCAGCAAAGACAAGAGACAGCUGCUGCCAAACACGCAGCAGAAGAGGAGGCCCUUGUGUCCGGGGGGCCCCACGGCGAGCUGCUGCGCGACUGCAGCCGCCCGCAAGACGCCGCCGGGAAGCUGCAGCAGAAGCUGCUGCUGCCAGCAGCAGCAGCAGCAGCAGCAGCAGCAACAGCAGCAGCAGGAAACACAGAUGAGUUCAUUGACCAAAUCAGCGCAGAACUCUCGCAGCUGCAAAGCAGACUGCCUCUAGGGGGGGCCCCCCAACCUGAAGCGCCCCUACCCGCUCAUUUAUUAAGAGAUCAAAACUAA